AAACGCGCGGGAGUCUCGUUGCACUAUCCCAGCCUUUGUCGCCAUGGGCGACGUAGCUUUUGAGCGAGCUUGCUUCCUGCGGGAAGCCAAGCUCGCCGACUUCUGGGACUUCGCGAGCUCCGUGCCGCGGAGCCGCUCCCUGGGGCUCCGGGAGAGCCAGCGCCUGCGGGGCGCGUGGCUGGCGGAGCACCUGGCGGUGCAGAAGGUGCACGGCUACAGCCUCUAUGCGGUGCGCAUCGUCUGCGUGGUGGCUGAGGAUGCGCAGCACAGGCAGAGGCUGCAGGACUUCUUCACGCGCGACGAGCGCAACAUGAGGGUCCGCUUCAGGCCCGCCGCAGACCCGCUGGACCAGGAGCGGCGGGUGCUGGUGAAGGUGCCCUACGACAGCAGUUUGGACGGCUGGGUGGAGCACGAGUGGCAGGUGCUCGACAGUCUGCGGGGCAUCGAAGGGGUGCCCAGGCUGUUUGGCCAGCCCUUCUUCUUUGAGGAUCUGGGGAUCCGGGCGAUUGCGCUGGAGUUCAGCGGCAUGCCCAGCCUGCAGGAGCUGCAGAGCGUGCGGCCGGUGGUGGAGAUCUACCGCGCGGCGCAGUUCUUCCUGGCGACCCUGGAGCAGGUGCACCAGCGCGGCUGGGUGCAUGCGGACCUCCAGCCCAAGGACUUGCUGAUCUUCGACCCGUCUGUUGGUGGCUCAGUGCGCCAGGCACAGGAAGCCCUGCCCUCCGGCCUCAUCUGCGGCUGGUCCCGCGCCAUGCGGAAAGACGACCGCGCUGAUGUCCACGUGCAACAGCUUCCCUCCCUGCUGGCGCAGCCCCGGCUAAGCACGACGUGGUUGGUGGAGCCCUCGGUUUUCUCCGCACCUGAGCAGUACGUGACCCUCUACACGGGCCAGGCAGUGGAGACGCCCUCUACGGACCUCUUCCGCCUGGCUGCAGUGGCGGCACAGGCGCUGCACGGCGCUCAGUUCCGCGCGGCGGAGCCGGGAGGUGCAGCGACGCGGCUGCGGCGGCUGUGCCACUGCGCGCUGCUGCGGGGCGAGGAUCCUGCGGACGCCUCCGAGCAGCACCUCUUCCUGGAGACGUACCAGGAGCUGGCCGCGGCUUCCCUUGCGCUGGGCGACCAAGGCCUCGACCCCUGGCUGCGGCGGAUGUUGGCACCGCCUGGCGCUGCGCCGCCCGAAGGGCGUUUUGGGAGUGCGGAGGAGGCGCUUUCGGCACUGCAGGAGGCCUGGCCGGACACGGAGGCCCAGCUGCUGGUGCGGUCCUUUGAGCCCGAGAGGCUGCCGCAGCCCAGGGAGCCCCUGGUGCUGGAGACGCCUCCAUUGCUCGCCGAAAUGCACGUCCUGUGAACGGAUCUCAGCUAUUUUCCGUGGACGCAUUACCUUCAGGUUGGCCCAUUUAGGACAAGUUUCUCUUGGGGUGAUGUGCUUUGGGGA